AUGGCAGUAAAGACGCAAAUCUCAAUAGACUCGGAGGGCAAGCCCAAGAGCAGAAUUGCGACUACACCGGUGGACCGUCUGCGAGUAGCGGUAAGUAACCUCAUCGGAAAUUCAUUUCCAGAUGACAUGGCUGAACUGAAUACACAGAAGCAACAACUCCAGUGCUCCAACAACGCGCAAACAAAGUUGCAUACCAUGUUCGAGGAAAUGAUGCAAGAGCUUGAAGAUACAAAGAACAAACUUGAGACAACCGAAAAGGAGCUCGAGUCUACUAAGAGCGAACUCGACUCGAUGGAGACUGAUCUGAUCGAGAGCAACACAGAGCUGCUGGAUAUCAGGGAGGAGCUGGCUGCGGCGACCCUUCUGGCUCAAAACAACCAUAACUCCUGGAAGACCGCACACGACGACCUCCGACGGAUCAAGAGCGUAUUGAAGGCGCAGAAGCAGAACUACAAGGACUUAGAAACUAAAUUGGCGCUCGAGAAAAAGAUGGCGAAGAAGAACGAUACCGCCCAGAAAAAGCUCGAGCAGCUCAAGAGCCAGUGGUCGUCACUCUCACAUAUGCUCGGUAACGAAGAUCACAAAUGCUAA